ACGUUGUGCUGCGCAGUUGUUCGCAAUCGCGACAUUUGUCGUCCGUUAGUCUGUUCCGUGUUGACGUUUAAUUUGAUUACUUGUCAUUAUUUUUAGUAUUUCUUUUUUGUACAGCGUUUUUUUGUUCCGCUCGCCGUCAAAAUCUAAAAUGAAGUUAGCCAUAGUUUUGAGCCUUGUGGCUUGUGUCAUUUGCACUCCCAAUACAAUCAAUAAAAGUGAUAUUAUUGAAGAAGAAUGGAAUGUAUUUAAAUUGCGUUUUAAAAAAACAUAUGAAGAUAUUAAAGAAGAACUAUUCCGUAAAAAAGUUUACUUAGAAAACAAAUUGAAAAUUGCCAGACAUAAUAAAUUGUAUGAAACUGGAGAAGAAACAUAUGAGCUAGAAAUGAAUCAUUUUGGUGAUUUGAUGCAACAUGAAUAUGCUGCAAUGAAUAAUGGAUUUAAGCGUAGUUUGGUUGGUGGAGAUGGUAAUUACACUGAUGAUGAAGCUGUUACUUUUUUGAAGUCUGAAAAUGUAGUUAUUCCUAAAUCAGUGGACUGGAGAAAGAAGGGAUAUGUAACUCCUGUAAAAAAUCAAGGUCAAUGUGGAUCUUGUUGGUCAUUCAGUGCUACUGGAGCAUUGGAAGGUCAACAUUUUCGCAAAUCUGGUGUGUUAGUGUCAUUGAGUGAACAAAAUUUAAUUGAUUGCUCUCGCAAAUAUGGUAACAAUGGUUGUGAGGGUGGUCUCAUGGAUCUGGCCUUUAAAUAUAUUAAAAAUAACAAGGGCCUUGACACAGAAAAGUCUUAUCCUUAUAAAGCUGAAGAUGACAAAUGCCAUUAUAACCCAGAAAAUUCUGGUGCCACUGACAAAGGUUUUGUAGACAUUCCUGAGGGAGAUGAAGAAGCUCUUUUACAUGCAUUAGCAACAGUUGGGCCUAUAUCUAUUGCCAUUGAUGCUUCAUCAGAAAAAUUCCAAUUCUACAAAAAAGGCGUAUUUUUCAACCCCCGUUGCAGUUCUACAGAAUUGGACCAUGGUGUGCUCGUUGUAGGUUAUGGUACUGCUAUUAAAGGAGGAGAUUAUUGGAUUGUGAAAAAUUCAUGGGGCAAGACCUGGGGAGACGAAGGUUAUAUAUUGAUGGCACGUAACAAGAAAAACAAUUGUGGUAUUGCAUCUAGUGCCAGCUAUCCUUUAGUUUAAAUUGAUGUUCUAUUCAGUCCUAUUAUUCUAUAUAUCUUUAUUUUAAGUAAAAUCUAUUGAUUAAAAAUAUUUUUUUUUAUGUAAGCUUUCUAUUUU